UAAUAAUUAGCCUUCACGAGGGGAGGGAGAAUGUAGUGUCGUGCACCUUUUUCUUUAUCUAAUUUUCAAUGAGAGGUACUUACAUGUAUCAAGGGACCAUUCAUAGAAGGAAUCUGAUAUGAAACCUCACUUUCGUUUCACGUGACCAUCCUUCAAAAGCUGCUUCUUCUUUGAUACCAAGGGAAGGACUACUUCAUCAAUGUUGUUCUCUGGGCUACAACAGUUGCAGUUGCUAUCACCGGCUCGUGUGCUUUUCUGGUUUAAAGUUUUUUGAGAUAAUCAUUGAUACCAAGGGAAGGACUACUUUUAUCGUUCGAAGUUGCUUGGAUGCAGGGCUGCUUCUGUGCAUGUUGUGAGGCCAUGAUCAAUCGUUUAACAAGCAUAUCGCUACAUUUCUAAUAUUAUGUGUAUAAAUAGACCUCAAUUAGAGUGCACGAUUUGUCCAUUUUUCUUCUGACCUUUGACUAAAUAAGGUUCCAUUUUCAGUUCAUUCUCUAAUACAAAUUGGCCAAGAGAUCCACAUUCCAUUUGCUUAUUUGUUACACUUUUUACUAACUGUAUUUGAUAAAAAAAUAAUAAUAAUAAUUUAAAAAAAAAAGGCCUCUCUUUGCCUGUGAAAUAAAAUGCCAACUUGUGGGCUUAUUAUACAUAUAUCCAUGACAAAAGAAUGAGUUUUCCACAUUGAAUUUCUUGAGUGCCAUCUUCCACGAUCUUCAAAGCAUCCAAAAUCCAAUAAACAAAGCAACGAGGGGGUGGUUUGACAGUUGCAUCAGAAACCACUUGCAAUACCAAAAAAUAACCACCAAAGAUCCCUUAUUUAAGAAGGGAAGACUCCAAAAGAAUAAAAUAGAGGAUGUGAAAUGUAUCAAUCUAAGAAAGAGAGAGGUCGAAGGAGAUCAGAUCAGAGGCAGAAUCGAAAAUUUUGGAAACUAAAUAAACAAAAAGGACUGAUGGGUUUCGAUUCUUGAGUUGAGGCUGUUGCACCCCUAACUUCAAUGAUUAGUUACAUUUACAUUUAUUUUUAUCACAUGCAUAUAAUUAAAUACUACUCCAAAAGCAUAUACUACCUCUUUAAAUAUCUCACCUCUGAUUCACUAGCCGCUAUCGGAGCUACUCAAAUAGCUAGAGCAACAAAAACCAUCUCUCUUUGCAUUGCAGCAACUCAUCUCAUAUGGAUUCAUCAAAGAAGUUUAACAAGAUCACUGACAUUGUUAGGCUUCAGCAGAUCCUCAAGAAGUGGAAAAAGGCAGCAACUUCUUCAAAGAUCAGCAAUGCCAGCUGCUCCUCUUCCACCACCAACACCAUCAAGUUCAUUAAAAGAACGCUCUCUUUCACCGAUGUUUCUGCAGCAUCAAAUGAUGUAGUCCCGAAAGGAUUUCUCGCCGUUUGUGUUGGGAAAGAGUUGAAGAGAUAUGUGAUUCCUACAGAGUACUUGGGCCAUCAAGCCUUUGGGAUACUGCUGCGAGAGGCAGAAAAGGAGUUUGGGCUUCAACAAGAGGGAGUGUUAAAGAUCCCAUGCCAAGAAUCCGUGUUUGAGAAGAUCUUGAAGGUGGUUGAAGAGAAGAGAGAAGUCUACUUGUUACGUGAAUUAGGGUUUAAUGUAGAGAAAGAGAUGAUGAGUAGUUGUUGGUCAUCACCUGAUUGUGAGCUAACACAUUAUCAUCCUCAAAUGUGUAAAUGAAUAAUCUUUUGCUUAAUUAAUUUAUAUUU